UCGCUUUGGUUAUGUCACGCUGUGUCAAUCAGGAGUUGCAAACGGAGAGUUUCGAGGGUUUCAAACGUCGCGCACAAUGCUCGACGAUCACACGUUUGUCGUCCUUUCGUUCCUGCAAUCGAAAAGGGAGUAACGAGACACGAGAAUCAGAUUUUGCAUCGCGCGCGAUCGUGCGCGCGCGUACAGCUCUUCUACGUGCAGGACGAGCUCGCGGUGCAGAUUUGUAGGUUAGGUUAGAUCGACGUCGCGCGAAACAACGCGACCAACGCGAUGUUUACAGCGAGCAGCGGCGGGAUUAUUUUGAUUACGUGGCGAACGUGGGGCGCUCGAGCCUCAUCACGAGAGACUCGGCGUAUUGUUGACGUCGUCGAAGACGCGACGAUGCACAGUGAUGACAGAUAAGAGGCCACGGACGGUUAAACAACAGCGAUGAUCCUCUUCAGAGUGGGCUCGAUCUUCGGCUUCUUGAUCCUGGUCAGCGGAUUUCGGGAGUACAGUAAGAAGGAUCUGAUCAGCCUGCGGGAGGAGGUACGAUCCAUGUUCGAUUAUGCCUACUCCGGCUACCUAACGCAUGCCUAUCCGUAUGAUGAACUACGCUCGCUGAGCUGCGACGGCUUCGACACGUGGGGCAGCUUCUCCCUAACCUUGAUCGACGCCCUGGACACGCUCGCGGUUAUGGGUAACUUCUCCGAGUUCCGUCGCGUAGCCGAGCUGAUCGGCACGAGGACAAACUUUGAGGCUAAUAUCAACGUGUCGGUGUUUGAGACAAAUAUCCGGGUAGUCGGCGGGUUGCUGAGCGCCCAUCUGCUAUCACGUAGAGCUGGUGUCAAGUUGGAACCUGGGUGGCCCUGCAACGGCCCGCUGCUACGCCUCGCCGAGGACAUGGCCAAGAGGUUGAUCGCCGCGUUCGAUACACCCACGGGGAUGCCGUACGGCACGGUUAAUCUCAAGUACGGAGUGCCGGAAGGUGAGACCAGUAUCACGUGUACCGCUGGCAUUGGUACCUUCUUGCUGGAAUUCGGCACUCUCUCCAGACUGACUGGUGAUCCGCUGUACGAGGAGGUGGCUAUGAAUGCUAUAAAGGCGCUGCACUAUUACAAAUCCAGCAUUGGCCUAGUCGGUAAUCAUAUAGAUGUCUUAACUGGCCACUGGACCGCUCAGGAUUCCGGCAUAGGCGCCGGAAUAGACUCUUACUUCGAGUACUUGGCAAAGGGUACACUGCUCUUUCAGGAUCCCCUGCUGGCCUCGAUAUUUCAGGAGCAUAAGCAGGCUAUAGAGAAAUACAUUCGACGAGAAGACUGGCAUCUGUGGGUCUCCAUGACCAAGGGUCAAGUGACUCUACCAGUCUUUCAAUCUCUGGAUGCGUAUUGGCCCGGUGUGCUAAGUCUCUUUGGCGAGAUUGGCGACGCGAUGAAAUCCUUACACAAUUACCAUCGCGUAUGGAAGCAAUUUGGAUUUACUCCGGAAUUUUACAAUAUACCACAGGCCGAGGCAGGGACCAACAGGGAGGGCUAUCCAUUGAGGCCAGAGCUUAUAGAAUCUGUCAUGUAUCUUUACAGGGCAACCAGGGAUCCAUAUUUGAUCCAAGUAGGAGUGGACAUCCUGAGGAGUCUGCAACACAGCGCGAAAACCACAUGUGGUUACGCGACCAUCAAUGAUGUCCGGGACCAUCGUAAAGCAGACCGAAUGGAAUCUUUCUUCCUCGCGGAGACCACCAAGUACCUGUACCUUCUUUUCGACACCGAUAACUUUAUUCACAAUACUGGUUCUGAAGGCGAGAUAAUCGACACUCAAUGGGGCCAGUGCGUGGUGGAUGCCGGCGGAUAUAUUUUCAACACUGAAGCUCAUCCAAUUGAUCCUGGUGCUCUCUAUUGUUGCCGGCCAGCGCAGGGGAUCUUCCCGGAAGAGAGAUCGAUCUUGAGGAGAUUCGUCCCGAUGAGAGACGCACUGAUGGAUAACGCCUCACCGAACGAGCUUUAUCCUGAAACGGAUGCCUCUAGCAAAAAUCCAGACGUGUUGCCAAUCACGAUUACGAAGCUCUCCGAGAUCAGGCAUUACUCUGCGAGCGAGAAGAAAGACGCUUUCAACGAGAGCGUUUCGUCGUCAAACGUCUCGUCAACGGAUUCGUCGGAUUCCAUUGGACAUGAAAACGCCAGGAACGAGGAAACCGAAAAAUCGAAUCGAAGCGAAAUCCGAUUGUCGACGACGCAGGUUCUUCCGCCCUCGUCGAUGAUCUACAAGGCUGACGACAGCGACGGUACCGAUGGUUCCGAUAAUUUUGAACCCCCAAUAUUGUCCAACGGACAAUACUCUGCUCCUGGACUUGCGACAGAGAGUGGGACACGACGGAACACUACACAGAGUCCCGCUAAGGCCAGAUUCGAACCACAAAUAAUGCUGGAGAACAUCAGACGUGGGAAUCUUUAUCCGAUCAAUGUCACAGCGAGGCAGAACUAUCAGAUUUUGUCCUGUCAAACUCAACCAUUCCUACAACGAAUGUCGAUCAUAGGAGAAUUUUUUUAAAAAGAAACGUGCCGCAAAGAAAUCUUUGAUACGAAUCUGUUAUGGUGAUUCUUAAAGUAUUUUUGAUUCGCGCAUCUUUGUUAUGAGAAUGAAAUCUACGCGAGCCUGUGUCACUUGCGUACGUUGUACUUUAGAAUAUAUUCCUGUGAUAUAAUUGUUGUUGUAUAGUUUCUAACAAAUAUAAGAUAUUGCAAACAUA